AGGAAAACAAGCGUCUUAUGAUUAUAAUUUCAUCAAAAAUUUGUUACUUGAAGGAAUAAAAUAAAAAAUUUGUUUUUGGAUAAACUGGUAUGGGGUCAUGUAGUGGUAAACAGGAUAUAAUAUCACAAAAUAGUCUUAUUGCCAUAGAAACUGCCGUUGAAGAUGUGAAAAGGUCUGGAAGUAGUGAGAAACCUUCAAAUUCUAGAUUAUCACUACUGCCAACAACUCAACUGAUAGAGGAAAGAAGGAUAAAGAAAGAAAAGACGACAGAGAAGGUUGUAUCAAAUACUGAGGCUGACAAAACAUUUGAAACUGAACCAAGUAAUGAAGCUAAGGAAAGUCAAAAUAGUGUGUUAAGUGAAACAACUGACCAAAGUCUGAACAUACAGGUGAAUACAUUGAUCUCAAAACAGAGUAGUGAUAUAAAGUCUUGUGAUAACUGUGACUGUGAUAAAACUGACGCAAGCUCGCAGACAAACGUUAAUUGUGAUGUAGGAACCGAUCCUUUGGAAUAUAUAGAAUACUCACAGCCUGACAGUUUCAUUUUAGCAGACACAAUGACGGGACAUUUAGAUGAUGUUUAUAAACGGGUUUUAAGUUCAAAUUGCCUCACAGGAGAUUCUGAUGGUGAAUGGUUGGAAGUUAUUAACGAGGCGGAUGAAUUGGAUCUAGAGAACGAAGACAAUAUUUCCCUCGUAGAAAGUGAAAUCAUCGAGGAAUGUGCUGAUAAUGGAAACUUGGAAAAUGAAAAGUGUGAGAUAAGUGACAAGAUAGGGUCCAGUCAACCAAUACCAAAUAAAGAAAAAGUCAGGAAAAAAUCUAGCAAGCCUGAUUUAAAUUUAAAAAGAAAAGACUCAAGCAGCUCCAACAGAUAUGUUUCAAACGAGAAAAAGAAACUGGAUAAAAAUAAAGCAAAUAAGAAUAAACAUGAAAAGUUGUGGACAAGCAGAUCAAAAGAAAAAGCAGGAUGGCUUGAAGAAAAAAUUUAUACAACGAAGGGUAAAGACGGAAUGUUGUUUAAGAUAAAAAUAAUGAGAAAGCCGACGAAAGAUGAAAAUACUGUUGGAAAUAAAACAGCAGACAGAAAGAAGAAAAACAGUGUUACUGAGAAAAGUAAUAGCAGAUCAAAGAUACAAGAUAAAGGUGAGGACCAUAAAAAUAUUCAAUAA